GCGAGGUGGGGGAGAACGUGGUGCAAAGCAUCGAUGACAACACAUUCGAUGCCAUCAUGGACGUGGUCAACAACGAGCCCCACUACGAGGACAUACAAGCACAGGACGUUUUGAGCUUUAUCGUGAAGGGUCUCAUUUUGCACGCAAUGAGAGAGGGGUGGCUAUCCUGCCGCCGCAAGCAAAAAGGGUCGCAAAACCCGCUGGAGUUCCCGAACUCCGGCGGGGUGCUCAACCACUUCCGCAACCGUGGAGGGGCGCACACACCUUCUGAGCAGGCGGUGCAGGCCUCUUCGUCGUCGGCGGCGCCGCCCCCACCACCCUGGCUGCCCACUCAGUCGGCAAGUGAGACUGACCAAAUUCCCCCACCGGAGCCGGUGGCGGACCAGCCGCCGCAGGCCGAGAAGGAGCGAGCCGCGCAGAUCCCAACCGCUCCACUUGAGGGCCCUGGGCCAUUGGCCGGAGAAGAGCAGCCGACGACGAUCCCGGCGGACCAGCUCAAGGUGGUCAAAUACCGCGGCCCCAUUGAGGUUACGGAGCUUCUUGGAUAUGAGGAGUGUCAAUCUGAUGCUUUCUUCGACUGGCUACAUGCUUUGGCCACGAUUUUGCUGUUUAACGAGUCGCUGAUUCUAGGUGGACUCAAGUCCACUGCAAUGUCAGCCCGACUGAUUAACGAUGAUCGGGGCCGCUUGACGGUUUCCCUUGCUACGCCGGAUGGCGCGCAGAGCCUGGCCACGAUCACCGUCUACUUCGGCAUACUCGGUGGCCUCUUCCGAAACAUGUGGGAUCGAGAUGAAAUGGCGGCGCUUCUGGAGUCGGACGACAACUUCGAGAUUGUUGCGUCCACGGCCAAAUCCAUCUAUGACCGCACCUGCCGCUCCUGCGAACUGGAAAACCGCCUCAUUAUCCUCCAGCACAAGGACGGCAAGGUCCAGCGUGGCAUGCGCGUUGAUCAUCGAGCUGGGGAUACAGAUGCGAAGAAGAACUACCUGAGUCAGCAGAAGCGGUUAGCGGAGAAGUCCGCAGCCCCGGCGGACAAGAGGCAUCGAGUUGGCCAGGACUGGAGGGAGCCCAGGUGGCAGCAGUCCGGCUGGUGGCACAACUACCGCAACCAGGGCUCGAGCAGCGAAGACCGUCCAGAUCAGUCUUCCUCUUCGUGGCAGUGGAAAAAGAGGUAG